AUGGUCCCAUUAACACCCUACUGCCGCGAGCUGGCCUCGCCAGGCAUCUUCCAAACUGUGCUAUCUGUCCUGAUUAUCCUCGGCAUCCUCUGCUCAUACCUCCCCCAACACAUCCGCAUCAUCGCACGACGAAGCUCCUUCGGCAUCUCCCCAUACUUCAUCCUCCUAGGAGUAACAUCAGGGACAUCGGCAUUUGCCAAUAUCCUGGUAUUCCCGUCCACCGCGCAAGAUGUCGCCUGCUGCCAGGAGAUCAGCGGGAUUGCAUGCUUCGCAGGACUACUGGGCGUCUUCCAGGUGGCCAUGCAAUGGCUCUGUUUCUUUUCCAUUCUUUUGCUGUUCGUGAUCUACUUCCCGCGCGCCACUUCCCCCACAGACCCAGUGAGCCCUGUGUCUUCCACCAAUGGACCGACGUACCGCACCGCGCUCGCCAUAACGGGGGCAUGUGUACUGCACGCGCUCGUCACGAUCAUCAUUUCCGUAGCGUUCAAGCUGCGCCAGCCGGCUGCUGUGGCGGCCUGGGCGAACUUCCUCGGUGUCCUUGCUGCGAUCCUCGCGUCGAUCCAGUACUUCCCGCAGAUCUACACUACGUUCCGGCUGCGUUGUGUGGGGAGCUUGAGUAUCCCCAUGAUGUGCAUCCAGACGCCGGGAAGUCUUAUCUGGGCUGGUAGCCUAGCUGCCCGCAAGGGUUGGAGUGGCUGGAGUAUUUGGGGCGUGCUGGUUGUCACGGCCUGCUUGCAGGGUACCUUGUUGGCGAUGGCAAUCUAUUUUGAGUACUUUGGACCCAACAACAAGCGAGAAGUUGGGCAGCUGGCUGGUCAGAAUGGGGUGCUCAAUGGAUCGGCCUCUGCUGGUGAGAGCGCCCAUCAAGAACCUGGCCAUGAGGAGCGACCAUCUGAAGAGACACCACUGCUUCAGAGCUAG